AUGUCCACAUAUGGCACUACUCGACAUCAUCACUCUCCCGCAGCCAACUAUUCUAAUAGGGACCGGGUCACAAAUUAUCAUACCACCCUUUUUCGCCGACUUACUUGGGACGGUACAGUUCCACUCGAAAUCCGUGUAGAUCCCAAGGAACUUCCUGCAAAUUCGGAUCGAAAUUUAGAAUGCUACUUUGUCCAGGCUCCCAGAGUAUCCUACCUCCCUCUGUUAAUGCCAGAAAUUCGCAGGUUCUUCAUGGACUUGGUUUUCGACGAAACCGCCGCGAAGGAUCUAAAGGAUGAGGAAUGGUGGUUCGAAACGACUGAAGGAACUUUGAUAAAAUGGCAUUGGCCGAUAGGACUGAUAUAUGAUAAUCAUACGAUCUCCGCAUCAUUAAAACCUUCGACUUCGCGUUCAUCUGCCAACGUUACUCCUUUACGGCUGAUCUUACACCUGGCAUCCCCUCCAAAUGACAAACUUCUCCUUUCACCAAGUCCUGAAGCAUGCAAGCAGGCAUUCAUGGGUCAGCUAAAGGAAGCCGACUUCAUAAGAUGGGGCAGCACCAAACGAAUGACAGGGUUAAGACAGCAGGAUCAGGAUGGACUAUGGGAGGGGAUCAAAGAGCAUAACUUUGACGAUUAUUGGCGUGUAGCCUCGAAAGUGACUCCUACUACGGCUCCUACACGUACCCAAUCACCGGCUCCUCCGUCAUCAUCUGCUUCCAUGGUCAAUAGACCUCCGUCCGCAGAUCCCGGAGGUCCUUCGGAACGCGAUGGUGCUUACAACGUCCGUAGUAUUCCUGUCCGCCUUUAUCUACCAGACGGCCCUGUCAUACAGGAUUUAGUGCCUCCCAUGGUAGAUGAUAAUACUCCGCGAACUCUCUCGCACUAUUUGACUGAUCACAUUCCUUUGCUGUUUCCAGCUGCACCCCCGGCACCACCUCCGUCGCGCACUAAUCCACAUCCACGUCCCCCACCCGUGCCUCGUCCUGCAUACGCGUUGGUCCAAGGUAUAGUUAUGCCUUCAGAAACGGAAAUGGCCUGGCUAGGUGGCUGCCUCGCCGGUGCCGAUGGAUGGGUCAAUGUGUGCAUAGGGAUCAAUCCAUAA